AUGGGCACGGGCCCUAUGUGCCCCCCGGAAGAUCCGCCACUGGGCACGGACCCUAUGUGCCCCCCGGUAGAUCCGCCACUGGGCACGGGCCCUAUGUGCCACCCGGUAGAUCCACCAAUGGGCACGGGCCCUAUGUGCCCCCCGGUAGAUCCGCCACUGGGCACGGGCCCUAUGUGCCCCCCGGUAGAUCCGCCACUGGGCACGGACCCUAUGUGCCCCCCCGGUAGAUCCGCCACUGGGCACGGGCCCUAUGUGCCCCCCGGUAGAUCCGCCACUGGGCACGGGCCCUAUGUGCCCCCAGUAGAUCCGCCACUGGGCACGGGCCCUAUGUGCCCCCCGGUAGAUCCGCCACUGGGCACGGGCCCUAUGUGCCCCCCGGUAGAUCCACCAAUGGGCACGGACCCUAUGUGCCCCCCGGUAGAUCCACCAAUGGGCACGGACCCUAUGUGCCCCCCGGUAGAUCCACCAAUGGGCACGGACCCUAUGUGCCCCCCGGUAGAUCCACCAAUGGGCACGGACCCUAUGUGCCCCCCCGGUAGAUCCACCAAUGGGCACGGACCCUAUGUGCCCCCCGGUAGAUCCACCAAUGGGCACGGACCCUAUGUGCCCCCCCGGUAG